AUGUUCGCCAACUACCACCGCACUCUCGCCUACCUCCUAAGCUUCUCCUCUAUUUCCGUCAUGGCUGUUCCCGCCCCACCCGCUGCCGCCGUAGCACCAAUGGGCGCUGCUGUGACUAUUGCCGUCUCUGAUGGAGGCUCCGCCUACCCUCGUGCUAAUUACCUGAACAACGGCAAGAUUAUUGGAUCAUAUACUGCCUUUCCGGCCGGCGGUCAACAGGUGCUCACUCUCGUCACCUCGAGCGAUAAUGGAGCCUCCUGGCAGUUCCUUGGCACUGCCGCGCAAAAACCCCUCUCCAGCGGAACCCUCGACAACGCCUUUCCCAUCCAAUUGCCCUCUGGACGCAUCAUACUCGCCUAUCGCAAUCACUCACAGAAUGCAGCGGGUGCCGAUACUAUAUACCGCAUAACCAUGUCCAGCAGCGAUGAUGAAGGCGUCUCAUGGCAGUUUCUUUGCGACGCCGUUGUAGUUGAUUCCACGCCCACAAACAACGGAGUCUGGGAGCCCUUUCUCCGCAACGCUGGUGACGGCUCUCUUCAACUCUACUUCUCUCAUGAACAAUCGGCUGUCGACCAAGACUCGGUUAUCCUCUCGUCCCGCGACGGUGGUAUUACCUGGGGACCCGAAAUGGCAAUGUCGGGUGCGCGAGAGCACGCAUCGCGCGAUGGUAUGAUUGGCGUUGCUGAGAUGGGCGGAAAUAACUUGCUCGGUGUAUUCGAAACCAACGAUAACAGUGGACCAUUUCGUCUCGACACCGUCUCAUCGGCUGAUGGCGGCGCGACGUGGAGUGAUCGUAAAACCCUCUACGCUGCGCCUGAAGGCAAAAAUGCCGGUGCCCCACAGAUUGCUCGAGUCGGCCAGACGUUAGUUGUGAGCUUUAUGACAAACGAAGACGACCCCAACGCCAAAUUAGGCACCAAUUGGGUCGACUUCGCCGACGCUAAAUUACUCACCAGCACCGACAAUGGCGCCAAUUGGGUCAAAUCAACCGUAUUCAAAGCUCCCGCUUUUUGGCCCGGCCUUACCGUUCUGCAAGACGAAAAGACCUUCCUCUACAUGGCCGGUAGCGAAGGCGUCGUGAAAAGUCAGACCAUUGGCCUAGCAUAA